AUGUCCCGUUACAAUGAAUGUAGAAUUUAUAUUGGCAAUUUGCCUUCGGAUAUAAGAGAAAGAGAUUUAGAGGAUUUAUUUUAUAAGUAUGGCAAAAUUUUAAGCAUCAGCCUGAAAGAUAAUAGGAGAGGGCCUCCAUUUGCUUUCGUCGAAUUUGAAGAUAAGAGGGAUGCUGAGGAUGCAAUUGAUGGCCGAGAUGGGUACGACUUUGACGGCUGCAGGUUACGCGUUGAAGCUCCAAGAGGCGGUGGUGGCGGCGGCGGAGAUUAUGGUCGCCGUGGCCGUGGUAAUGGUAGCGGCGGCGGUAGGGGUCCAGCUAGGCGAUCUGACCAUCGCGUUAUUGUAUCAGGGCUACCGCAAACCGGUAGCUGGCAGGAUUUAAAAGAUCACAUGCGUGAGGCCGGAGAAGUUUAUUUUGCUGACGUUUAUCGCGAUGGAACUGGGGUCGUCGAAUUCGCUCAUUAUUCGGAUGUUAAAUAUGCAUUGAAACAUUUAGAUGAUUCAAAAUUUCGCUCUCAUGAGGGUGAAACUUCAUACGUUCGUGUGAAAGAAGAUAGAGGUAGAAGUCGGUCUCGUUCUCCUAAGGAUCGAUCAAGAUCACGAUCAGAUUCGAAAUCUGGUUCUCGUUCUCGUUCUAAGUCUCACUCGAGAUCACGUUCACCUUCUAAAUAA